AUGGAUAACACUCAGAAAACAAAAGAAAAGCGCAAAUUUCAAAACCGUAUUGCCCAGCGGCGCUUCCGGAACAGAAAGAAAGGAAUCGAUGAGUUGUUUUCGCAUCCAACUCGAGAUUUCCAGACUGUCGACAACACUAUCCAGGAGAGCUCCAACUUGGCAUGGGAUCAACAAGACACGCCGCCUCUCCCGUUGCAAUCAGACCCCCAGAAUAUCUUCAAAGACACAGAGGUUGCCAAUACGUUAGGCAUUGUCGUUGAGGACCCGUUGUUGAGUGACUUGGGUAUAUCCAUCUUGGAUCAAUGGCUACAGGACCCGUCCUUAUUGUCGCCGCUGAGCGGUGCUGAUUCCAGCACAAACUCGACAGAAAGCAGCCAUUAUCUCAAUCAACAUCAGACUGAUUCGGUGAUGCUCUAUGCUGGUAAUCUUGCCCUCGUUUCCAACAAUAACAGCGACAGCAGCGGUGGCGGCAGCAGUUACGGCAAUAUAACUCUCGAAAUUGACUACGCUAAGCGUUCUACAUUGCCCGACAACAAUUUACCUACAAAUCGUUCACACGGAACGGCUGGACAUACCUCGACCGUGGAAGGUGGACACACGGCGAUGCAAGAUAUUCUAAACCGCGCCCGCAUUAUGGGUUACUAUCUCUGA